AUGUAUAAAGUGCAUUGUUUUCAGACAAUAUCUACAUUUAAAUUUUUAGCAUAUAAUAUUAUAUUUUUAGCAUAUAAAAUUACAUACACUGUGGCGAUGACAGAUCCACAAUUGACAAAUAACAACAACAACAAUAAUAACAACAACAAUAACGAUGGCGAACAAAAUUACUUGCAUAAAAAAUUUAAAAAAAUCGCAACGACCGAGCUUAUAUUGACAAUAGAACCGAAGAAGAACAUCAAUAUCAACACCUCAGAGCACGAAAGAAAAGAUUCGAAAAAGGACUUCAGAGAAUCGUCAAAAGACUCGAUCGAGAUCUCCCUGGAAAAAGAUCAACAAUCGAGGAAAAACGGUUAUGUAUGCCCUUAUUGCAGAUUAUCGUGUGCAAAACCAAGUGUUCUACAAAAACACAUCAGAGUUCAUACAAAUGAGAGACUGUACCUUUGUAUGCCUUACGGAUUCGUGUUCAAGACUAAGUCGAAUUUCUACAAACAUUGCAGAUCUCGACUCAAAAUAGAAGAUGAUAACGCUAGCAAGAUAUUGGAGGAUUCAGACAUAAAUUUGUCCGACAGCAUGAGCAAUGAUAUCAGCACAAUAUCAUCCCAUUUAUCUUCUACAAUGACAAACUUAAAAAUUAUUAUAUAUACUAAAGCUGGAAAAAUUUACAAGCCAAAAUUUCACACAGCAUUACAAUAUGCCAAUAAUAAUAUUGAAACAUCUUUCCUCUCCUUCACUUCUACGAAUAAUUUUUCUUCGAUGACAGUUAUUGUUGUGCCAAAAUCAAAUCCGGAGUAUCAAAUACAAAAACAUAUUAAUAAAAUUAUCACGGACAAUCAUAUAAUCAUCGAUACAAUGGAUCCACGAUUACACAAAUUGAUCCAAAGACAACAAAGUCUCGUGGAAACGAAGCAAAUCAUCGAUCAACCGUUGAAUCUCUCUUCUACGAAAAAAUCUUUGAGGAAACGAUGUUAUAGCGGGAGCUUCGUUCAACAAUGCAAAGUUUGUCCUAACGAAUCAAAACAUGGUUCUAUAAUCAAAAAUCUUUUAUUGAAAAAUCAAAAUUCGUGUCAGAAAAGUAAAGUUAAGAAUAAAAAUUGUUAUUGUUCCUCUUUUGACGUAUCGCAUUCGAGCAUCGAUGUUCUCGAUAUCCAUCGUAAAUAUUAUCGGAAUAGUAGAAGAAAAUAUCAAUUGGAAAUCAAGAAAGGAGAAUCCGAUUUAAAUUCAAAGUCUUCCUAUUAUUACACCAAUUCACAAUCUCUCUCUUCUUCUGAUUCUCUUCUAUGCAAUACACGAUUAAUUGACACGUAUAUAUCGCCUGUGAAGAAACAUAGAUCAGAAUUCGUACCGAGUACGUUACAAUCUUUCGAGGAAUUGUAUAUAAAUUCGUUACAAAUGUUCGGCGAAGAAGUUAAAAUAUUGAAUAAUACUGGUGAAAAUAAGACAAUGAGAAUCGAAACACAAUCAAUAAAUUCUCAAACAGAUGAAGAGAUCGUGAGCAAUAAAUUCAUUACUUCUGAGACUGCUUCGAUAGUUGUCAGAUCAGAUUUCCAUUCAGGUGGCACUAUGAUAUACAUUUCACCAAUUUUCACUUCGAGUUCCUUCAUAUCUUUGUCAAAUGUGCCGAAAAUAUUGACUCCUAUCAUACCAAUUAUCUCAACUUCGAAUAUAUCAAAUACAAUAAAAUCUAUAAAUUUAACAAAAACAAAAAAGUCUAAAACAAAGUUGAGAAAAACAGCGACGUCGUCUAAAGAAAAGACCAAGCCAAAUAAGUUUUUGAGAUCCAUUUCAAUAUCGUUGAAACCCGGCAUGUUCAUAACCAAGAAACAUCGGAGAAUCAUUCCUACGGCAAACAUGCUUCCGCUUAUAAAUCCGGAAACUCCACGAUCGAAAAAAUCUUAUGGACAGUUUUAUCUGAACGGACAUGCUUAUACAUAUCUUGGCCUGAAAUGUUUAACUAAGGUAUUCUAUUGCACUCUGAACAAACCGCAGCCAAUGUAUAUCACGCAACAACACGGUUUAUCCAUAUACUCGAAUUGGAAAAUAUGUAAAGAAGCGCCACCAGACGUUGACAUGAUGCAUUAUAAUUCGAGGCAUAGAUUGAUUAAUUAUACGAUUGCGUGGAAAAAACAAGAGGAUAUUCUAACACAUUCCUCGCACAGAUCUAUUACACCAAUUAGUUCGAACAAUGGUUUGAAUAACGAUACGCAUGAAAAACCAAGAAGAGUCAAGAAAAAUGAGAGCUUGAGAAAAAUUUGGAAUGAAGUUUAUAAAUAUGUUAAAGAAAAAGAAUAAUAUGACUUCUACAUUUGGAGUUGCAACCACCAGCAACUAAGCCAUUCAAAUGUAUUGAUUAUAAAAUAAUGCAUAGUCACUUAGUAUUUUUGUAACAAAAUGCAUAUUAUGAAAUUAGAAUGUUUAGGAAAACUACUGUUUGGAUUUUAUACUAAAAUAGAAAAAUAUGGCAUCAAUCUGGAUAAUAUUGAUAUUACUGACUGUGAUAAUAAUCUUAUUAAU